AUGGCUAGCACAAGUCAAGAAGUCAGAGAGGCAAUUAAGCAGUACUUUGUUGAGCAUAACUUUAGGGUCAAAGAUGAAGUAUUUAGUAAGCAUUUCAAGCAGUCUAUUCGAGAACAUCGGGACGAUUUCCGUCACGGAUUAAACGCUUUAACAACUAUUGAGAAAAUUGAUCAAAUCAACUACUUCGUUUUGAAGCCCGAAUUCAGAAACAAAGAAUAUGAAGGGACCACUACUGCAGCACCUGCCACUGUUUACAAUGACGAUGAAAGUGAUGACAAUCAUUCUUUAACCUCAAAUUCAACUAGAAACGACGAUAGCUCGUCCGAUCAACGAGUAUCGAUGGCGGGCAGUGCAAGUAUUGAUGAGGAUGAUGAUAUUCCUAUCAAGAAAAUUUAUGAUAAAUCUCAUUCUGUACCGGUUGGAAGAGACGAAAGUUUAACAACCAUCUCGGAAGAUGCGAUAGCUGAUGGAUCAAUGAGUAAAUACGAUUCAUUAGAUAGAACACCCAAAGUCUCAACCAUUGGAGGCUAUAGCACUACUUCGAAGCGUCGAGCAUCAAAGGGUUCUGAAUAUGUACGUACACCCAAUCGCAAGAAAUCUAGUAUUACUACUGCAGGUCCUAUAGGAAGGAGUACAACCGACGACACUAAAGGAAGGAUGUCUUUAAGAAGAAAACCGAGUGGUAACGGAAUGACCAAUUCACCGUCGAUAUUAAGAUCUACAAAAAUGAGCACUAUUGCUGAUUUAACAGCCAUUUCUGAAGAACAGCCGACUAGUGAAUUAGUGGAAGAGAAAGUUGAUUUUAAAAUAUUAACACAUAAAAUUGCUGCUUUUUAUUUUAUAAUUGCUUGUGCUAUUUCUUGUACAUGUUCUCCAUUUUUUGCGUUAUUUUCCCCCAAGCUUGAUGAUAAUAAUCUAACCUACUGUAAUGAAUCGCGUUUGUUUCAGGGAGAUGCAGACAGCGUCGAAGACGAUUAUUAUUACGGGCUGGAUGCUGAGGAACAUGACUGGAUGAGAUGGUCAUCAAUGUGUAAUAUUCAUUUAUUAAAGACGCUUUUAGAGAAAGAUGAAUCUUUACUUGAUAGACGAGAUUUUGUUUCGGGGACUGCAUUACAUUGGGCAGCGAAGCAAGGCAACGCCGAUGUGGUAGGAUUUCUAUGUGGCCAUGGAGCUGAUGCUAAUAUCAGAUCUGGCUACACACCGUUGCAUUUGGCUUUAAUGCAUGAUCAUGAGGAUAUUGCAAAGCUGCUAAUCAUUAAAUACAAAGCAGACCCUAGCAUUAGGGAUUACAGCGGCAAAAGGCCAGGAUCCUUUAUGAAUUUACAUUCAGCAAAUGCAAACCGUAAGAAAGAUUCUUCUUCAGCUGCGCCUUCUUUUGCAUCUACCGCUAUUGCUCUUGUCGCUGCUGCUGCUUUACCUGCCUCACCAGUAACCCCUAAAAAGUCUAUGUCAACAGUUUAG